AUGGUAGAUCUGUCCGAAGAGGAGGAGAUGGAAUAUACAAUGGGAGAUUUAUUUCGGAAAUCACAAAAGACAGUGGAGGAAGAAAGCGAACCGGAAGUGGAAUUAAGAGUUCCAUCAUCCAAGAAGAAAAGGAGGAGUUUACAAGAGAGUAUGGACGGCACUCCGAACGACGAAGACUUUUCCACUAUGGUCGCCAAUCAUGCUCGAGCUCACUCAUUAGUCACGAGUACUGGAAAAAUUUGUCAGUCUAUCUUAAUAAAGGAAGACGAAGGAUAUAUCAAUACAUCGUCGCCGGGAGAGCGUGGAUCGAUGGUUAUAAAGUUAGAGCUCUACCCCUUCAAAGAGUGUGUAAAACUCAACAAAAAUCAAUAUUGGACGAAGCGAACUUAUUCGUGUCUAGGAGUGUCCUCUGGAGAGGAUUCGCGUGCAUACAAACUAGCGAUGAAACUAAGAUACGAACUGACAAAACAAAAAAUGAAUUUAAAGGAUGUCAAAGUAGAGAAAAAAGUACAAACAGGUUGGAAAAAUUUCUAGAAUCAUUCAUAAUUACACCAACAAAAAAAUACUAUACACAGGACAUUGGACACAAGGACCAUUUAAAUAUAUGCCUAAGAAUAAGGCAAUAUUAACAACAUGUUUCCAUAAUAUAAAUCAAAAUGUCGUUGACUUAUCAUAUAGAGAAAUAUUUUUAAAAUCAAGAAAAAUAUCAAUGAAUAAAUUAAUAUAUGUUGCACCGUGGAUUAUUGUUGGAGAAUAUUAUUAUAAUAUUUCUGAUUCAGUAAAAGUUAUAGAAGAGUUACUAAAUUUCCAAUUUGACAAUAAUAGUGAUUGGUUAUAAAGUUAGAGCAAGACAAUAAUAGUGACUCCCU